GGAUCACGACAAGCAUUGCAAAAACACCCAGUGUAAUGUAGUUGAAAAUACAAUAUUGCUAACAUUUUCUUAUCUAUAACAAUUAUUUUCAUCGCCUGAAGAUAUAUUUUUGAAGUGUUGUUGUUGGUGCUGAAUUAAAGGCAGAAAACUGUUAUCUUGAUUGUAUAAUUAAUUGCUUUUUACUAAGUUUAUAGGUUAGUUUACCUCAACAACUGCAAUGGGUCUUUUAACUGUAAUUAAAAAGAUGAAGCAGAAGGAGAAAGAAAUGAGAAUUUUAAUGUUAGGAUUAGACAAUGCUGGUAAGACUACAAUUUUGAAACGAAUCAAUGGAGAAGAAAUUGAUACAAUUUCACCAACAUUAGGAUUCAAUAUAAAAACAUUGGAACACAAAGGGUACCAACUGAAUAUCUGGGAUGUUGGGGGACAAAAAUCGCUUCGUUCUUAUUGGCGUAACUACUUUGAGAGCACGGAUGGACUCAUUUGGGUCGUGGACAGCGCAGACAAAAGAAGACUCGAGGACUGUAAAAGAGAACUCUACACGUUGCUUCAAGAAGAGUAUGCCAAGGGGAAGAAGAGUGGGUCCUCGAAAACAGACGAAGGCGGUGACACCCAUCUAGAAGAUCCAACUGAGUUUUUAAAUAUAGAGCGUUUGCUCGGCGCAACUUUGCUGGUGUUCGCAAACAAACAGGAUCUGCCUGGCUCCUUGACGUCUGAAGAGAUUAAAACGGUCGUAGAGUUGGAUUCCAUUAAGAGUCACCACUGGAGAAUACUUCCGUGCAGCGCUGUCACGGGAGACAACCUUGUCGUCGGCAUCGACUGGCUGGUUUCUGACAUUGCUGCCAGAAUCUUCACACUCGAUUAACACGUUCCUGAUUAUUUAACCUACCAACAAGGUUUAUCAUGUAAACUAUUUAUUAACCCUUUUUAUUUUAUAUACAAUUUUUAAUAAAGUUUUUUUUUUGUUUAUAAA